UUUAUUCGUUAACAGACUUUAAAGACAUUGUCUUGUGCUAUACUUUCAUGUGUUGUUAAAAACGCAAGCUAAAGGGAUGCUUGCGUCCAGCGGCAACGUUUCUGUAUGCAUUGCUUAACAAGAAACGGGCAUUACUAUUAUGCAGACGGUUACAAGUGGAGAUACAGGCUGUCUAUCAGAAAGCAAGAGCUCGCUCUUCAGUGUUGUUAUAAUCAGUGGCGUAACUUUGUUUUGAAAAGUGGUGGGGACAAAGACGACACAAACAAUACAUUAAUAAAUUGUUUCUGUAAGAACUCGUUGGGAAUAUUCAUGGACGUCACAAGCGCGAAAAAUGUAGGUGACUCCUCCAGAAAACUGUAUAAAAACUGCUCCGCUGUAUCGACGGAUUCAGUGGUCUAGUGGUGUGACGUAAGUGCGGAAGACGCAUGACAAUUAAUUUUGACACUGCCGUGAAGCAGGUUCGAAUCCGCUCAACUCACUAUUCUAAAUUUUCACAUAUCAGAUCUGCUUCCAUUUGUUUUUAAACUAUAUCAUGUUUUCAUCAAUAGAUCAUUUAAAGCAUGUUGUGCUUUAUUAUAUGUAAGGAUUGCUGUUGCCGUACGUAAAUAAACGUAUUAAUUCGUGAUGAAACAAAAACUACUGAAACGAAUGUGUGUUUUCCCCAUGUUAAAAAUUUGGUGUUUGACACAGAUUACCUGUCCGUGGGUCAAGGAUUGAGAGUUUGGGAACCCCCUACUAAUCAGGACAAACAUUCAAGUAUCUUGAUAGAAAACUCCAAUAAAUGGAAAAAGUCACAACUUUGUAGUUUCAUGAGUUCAAAACAAAAUUUAGAAAGUUUGUUGUAUAUUUGUAGCCUAUCACGCAAUGCCCGUAGUAAUUAGUAUCAAAAUGUAAUUAAUCUUGCAAUAGACGAUAGCAACCGCAUGUCGAGAACAAUAAGGACGAAUAUAUAGCAUCAAAGUGCAAUUAAGCGAAAAUGUUCGGUACAUGUAUGACUUGAACAGCCAUUUUCAAAUAUUUUCAUCAUUUUAUUAAAAAUAAAUACCUUUACAAUCUGAUAUGUGAUACGCAGUGCCGGCCCCACCUAAUAAGCGAUAUAGGCAGUUGCAUGGGGCCUCCGUGGCCACUAGGGGGCCCCCUGCCGUGCGUAAAAAUUUAAUUUACUUGCUCGUUGUGUCAGUGUCAAUCAUCAUGUGCGUUAGCUUUAAACUGUGCGAAGCUUAAAAAUGAAAAGGCGGCACUAUCAGUCUGGCGCAGAGAAGAGGAAGAAGAGGAAAGAAGAUGAGAAAAGAAAAUAUCAAGAAAAGGGGAGACUUUUGAAAUAUUUUCCAAAGAAUGUACUUACAGCUGGUGAAAAUGCAGCUACCUCCUCCUCACAUGACAGUCUUGGCCCUGUCUCAGCCUACAUUGGUCUUUUUUCCAGCUUAUCUGUUGCCUCCACCACAUCCUCCAGUGCAGCUGACAUUACCUCUUCCUCCAGUGCUGUUGCCUCCACCACAUCCUCCAGAGCAGCUGACAUUACCUUAACCUCCAGUGCUGUUGCCUCCACUACAUCCUCCAGUGCAGCUGACAUUACCUUAACCUACAGUGCUGUUGCCUCCACCACAUCCUCCAGUGCAAUCACAGAAGGAGCUUUCUGCUCUGCAAAUGUCUCAGCUGUUUCAAGAGAUCCAGCUGACUGGCCUGAGGUCUUGUCAGGUAAAGAGAGGGCUGGUUUAGUUAUUAGAGGACCAAGCGAUUUAAAUCCUAACUUUAAAUUUCCAAAAAGACAAGACGGAAGAAGCUUUCAUUUCCAUUACAAGUUUCGGCUCCUCACUAAUGGGGAAAAAAUCCAACGUACAUGGCUUGUUUACUCCAUGAAAAGUGAUGCUGUUUUUUGCUGGUGUUGCAAAUUGUUUUCAAAGGGCUCUUCAAAGCUAAUCACAGAGGGACAGCGUGAUUGGACUAAUAUUGGAGCAAUCCUUAAACAACAUGAAAACAGCCCUGCACACAUAAAAAGUGUGGUGUCAUGGAAAGAGCUUGAACUAGGUUUAAAAAAGGGACAAACAAUUGACCACACACAACUAACCCUCACAGAGGCUGAGAAGAGACGUUGGCGUGAGGUUCUCAUUCGACUGAUUGCAAUCAUUAAGUCUCUUGCAGAGCGAAACCUCGCUUUUCGGGGCUCUGAAGACAAAUUAAUGGUACCCAACAAUGGCAAUUUUUUAAAAGAGGUUGAGCUCAUGGCUAAGUUUGACCCUGUGUUAAGAGAGCAUAUCAGACUAGCUGACAAGCAAGGAAACCACACAACCUAUCUUGGCAAAACAAUACAAAAUGAACUAAUCUCCUGCAUCGGUGAUCAACUGGUCAAAACAAUGGUGGCUGGCAUUCAAGAGUCAAAGUAUUUUUCUAUCAUCUUAGACUGCACACCAGAUGUCAGCCACACAGAGCAAAUGUCUGUGGUGGCCAGAACUGUCAGUCUAGAAAAAGGGCCAGAGAUAAAGGAGUACUUUCUUGGGUUCUUAGAUGCUCCUGACUCCACCGGCGCUGGAUUGUCUUCUCUUAUCUUAAAAAGACUGGAGGAGCUUGGCAUACCAUUUAGUAAUUGCAGAGGCCAGUCUUAUGACAAUGGAGCCAACAUGAGGGGCAAAAAUAAAGGAGUGCAAGCUAGACUCCUUGAGAAAAAUCCACGUGCACUUUAUGUUCCUUGUGGAAGCCACACUCUUAAUUUAGUUGUUGCAGAUGCAGCUAAAGAGUCAAUAGUUGCAAUUAACUUCUUUGGAGUUGUACAGAAGCUGUUCACUCUCUUUGCAGCUGCACCGCAACGAUGGGCCAUUCUCAAAGAUCAUGCUGACAUCACUUUAAAAAGCUGGAGUGACACCAGAUGGGAAAGUCGGGUGAAAAGUAUUGAGCCGUUGCAGCACCAGCCAGAGAAGGUGAGGGAGGCUCUUUUACAGGUCAGGGAGAACACUAAAGAUCCUACAGUUAGGAUUGAAGCCCAGUCACUCGCGGAAGAAAUUGGUUCCUUCAGAUUUCAAAUCUGUCUUGUUGUCUGGUACAAUAUUCUGAGAAAAAUUAAUGUCACAAGCAAACUGCUUCAAUCUGCUACCAUGCAGCUGGAUGUUGCUGUAGAUCUCAUCCAUCAGACAAAAGCUUCUCUCGUGAGCUACAGAGCUACUGGCUUUAAUGAUGCAGUCAAGAAAGCAACUGAAAGGUGUGAGGAAAUGAAUGUUCAAGCAUUGCUUAAGGAGAAGAGGCUAAGAACCAUGAAGAGACACUUUAGUUAUGAAGCAGCUGAUGAGCCAGAGUCCAGUGCCCUAAAAAAAAUGGAAGUUUCAUUCUUCAAUGUUGUGGUGGAUUGUGCUAUCCAAACACUGGAAGACCGUUUCAGCUCCAUGGGUAAGGUGAGGGACAACUUUGGAGUGUUAAAUAACUUUCAAAAUCUUGAUACCCAGACAAUAAGGUAUCAAUGUGAGCAGCUUGGAAGAACACUGAGCACUGGAAAUGAGUCUGAUCUUGAUUGGAAAGACCUUGUCAUGGAAUUAGAAAGCCUCCCAACUCUCCCUAAAGACAAAAUGACAGCACUGGAACUACUUGCAUUCCUGCAUGAUAAAGAUAUAUGUGAGUUGUACCCAAAUCUUUGGGUAGCUCUACGCAUUUCAUGUACUCUCCCAGUUACAGUGGCAUCAGCGGAGCGAAGCUUCUCAAAACUUAAGCUAAUAAAAACCUACCUCAGAUCCUCAAUGGCACAAGAACGUUUAAAUGCACUUGCCAUUAUUAGCAUCAAUCAUGAGGUUGGCAGCCAGCUAUCCUAUGAUGAUGUAAUAAAUGACUUUGCAAGCAAAAAAACAAGACGGGCAAGGAUUUAGGGCUUGGCAGCAGUAGGAGAUGCCUUGAUGGCAAAAUUCACUUUACUCGUUUACAGGUUAAUUUGCACUAUUGUGAGAUGUUGUUUUGUAAAGGUACUUAAUAUUUUUUUGUUAAUCUGUAAUUGGAAUGCUGGUGUCCUUAGAAUUUUAUUUUAAAGAUUCAUUUAUUAAUUCACAAAUACAGUAAAAACUUACUGUAGUGCAUGUUAUUACUUUUGAUGUUCUGCUUGUAAGCUCUUUCUUUUGAAUAAACUGAUUGCACACUUUAAGCUUUCUAAAUUAUGUUGUAUGUAUUUGCAGAUCAGAAUUUACAUUUAUGCAUUUGGUAGAUGCUUUUAUCCAAAGCUACUUACAUUAAUUGAAUUGUACUAUCCAUUCUGUGUAUGUGCAAUCCCUGGGAUCGAACCCAUGAUCUCAGCAUUGCUAGAACCAUGCUCUAACCACUGAGCUACAGGAAAGCUGUAAAGGGAUUAUAUUGUGUUGUUAAUUUGACAUUGUCAGAUUGUCAGUGUGAUAUCUGUGUAAGGUUAGUAUGUUGUGUACAUUAGAUGAUGGGGGGCCUCAUUUUGAAAUCAGUUUAGGGCCCCCAAAAUGCUAGGGCCGGCCCUGUGUGAUAGGGAAAACGUUCAGCAGUCCCGAAUCCACGACGACACGAAGUGGCUAACACAUGCUUUACGCUCUACGCCACCGGAGCAGUUAGUUUUUUUGUGCCUUUCUUACAUUUUGUCUAUUCCAAUCCGAAAUUGAUGGGCGGAGUUAGUAUACAUAGCCUCUGCUUACAAAGCAGGCUACUUGCAUGGUAAAUAGACACUCCGUAUUUUUAUUUCUUACA